UAUUUCUGAUUGUGAGUUUCGCGGUGGGGUCCUCUUUACUCUUUCGUCGUAAGCACCGUGACUCGACGUCGUGGUAGUUUUCUGGAGUGGGGAUAAGCUUGUGAGCUAGUGGUCCGAUUGUCAGAUUCUAGGCAGAGGGGUCAGCGCGAGGGCAAACGACGACACGAAAGGUUUUCUGGGCUUGGCGGUUGAUAUCAUGCAAGUAGCUAUUUAAAAAAAACGAGAGUUACGGCCGUUUGCUACACUGAUCUCUAGUGAUUUGCUACGAACCGACGACAGUCACCCGUUAAUACCGAUUAUUUGGAUAAAGUGAAUAUCUACGUUUGCGUUUGAAGGGGCGUCAAGAAUGAACGACAUGGAGGCAUAUGGGGAUGGGUACAUGGAACCCGAAGAAGAGUGGGAACGCGAGGGUCUCCUAGACCCGGCCUGGGAGAAGCAGCAGAAAAAAACUUUUACAGCCUGGUGUAACUCACAUCUCCGUAAGGCUGGAACUGCGAUCGAAUCAAUCGAAGACGACUUCAGAAAUGGGCUGAAGCUUAUGUUGCUGCUGGAGGUAAUAUCCGGCGAGACCCUCCCAAGGCCCGACCGUGGCAAGAUGCGUUUCCACAAAAUUGCAAAUGUGAACAAGGCUCUUGACUACAUUGCCAGUAAAGGAGUCAAACUUGUUUCCAUUGGUGCCGAAGAAAUCGUUGAUGGUAACCUGAAGAUGACUCUGGGAAUGAUCUGGACCAUCAUUCUUAGAUUCGCUAUCCAAGAUAUCUCUGUGGAAGAGAUGACUGCUAAAGAGGGACUUCUUCUGUGGUGUCAACGUAAGACAGCACCUUAUAAGAACGUCAAUGUUCAGAACUUCCAUCUGUCAUUCAAGGAUGGAUUGGCAUUCUGUGCUUUGAUCCAUCGCCAUCGUCCUGACCUCAUCGAUUACAACAAGCUCAGCAAGGACAAUCCUCUGGAAAAUUUGAACACCGCUUUCGACGUUGCUGAGAAGUACCUAGAUAUCCCACGCAUGUUGGACCCAGAUGAUUUGAUCAACACCCCGAAGCCGGAUGAACGUGCGAUCAUGACCUACGUUUCCUGCUACUACCACGCGUUCCAGGGCGCCCAGCAGGCAGAGACUGCUGCCAACAGGAUCUGCAAAGUGUUGAAGGUAAAUCAGGAAAAUGAGAGACUUAUGGAGGAGUAUGAGCGACUUGCAUCAGAUUUGUUGGAAUGGAUAAGGCGAACUAUGCCAUGGCUAGCAAGUCGCCAGACAGAUAAUUCGCUGGCUGGAUGUCAGAAAAAACUUGAGGAGUACAGGACGUACCGCCGCAAGCACAAGCCCCCUCGUGUCGAACAGAAAGCUAAACUUGAGACCAAUUUCAAUACUCUGCAAACUAAAUUGAGGCUUAGCAAUCGUCCUGCUUACAUGCCCACUGAAGGAAAGAUGGUCUCUGAUAUCAACAAAGCAUGGAAAGGUCUUGAGCUUGGAGAGAAGGCAUUCGAAGAAUGGCUCCUAUCAGAAAUGAUGCGCCUCGAACGUCUUGAGCAUCUUGCUCAAAAGUUCAAGCACAAGGCAGAUGCUCAUGAAGAUUGGACCUCUGGCAAAGAAGAAAUGUUGACAUCUCAAAUCUUCCGUCAGUGUAAACUCAAUGAAUUAAAGGCGCUGAAAAAAAAACACGAGGCCUUUGAAUCUGAUCUUGCCGCACACCAGGAUAGAGUUGAGCAAAUUGCUGCCAUUGCUCAGGAGUUAAACACCCUAGAAUACCACGAUAGCGCCUCAGUUAAUGCAAGGUGCCAGCGUAUCUGUGACCAGUGGGAUAGGCUUGGAACCCUGACUCAGCGCAGACGCCAGGCUCUUGAUGAAGCGGAAAGAAUUCUGGAAAAGAUCGAUGUCCUUCAUCUGGAAUUCGCCAAACGUGCCGCGCCCUUCAACAACUGGUUAGAUGGCACUCGCGAGGAUUUGGUAGACAUGUUUAUCGUUCACACAAUGGAAGAAAUUCAAGGACUUAUGGAUGCUCAUGCUGCAUUCAAAGCUACGCUAGGAGAGGCUGAUAAGGAAUACAACUCAAUUGUUGGUUUGGUUCGCGAAGUCGAGUCAAUAGUUAAACAGUUCCAGAUUCCUGGUGGACUUGAAAAUCCGUAUACCACCCUGACGGCAUUGGACCUCACUAAGAAAUGGAGCGAUGUUAGGCAGUUGGUGCCUCAGCGUGACGGUACACUUGCCGCUGAACUACGCAAACAACAAAAUAAUGAAAUGUUGCGCCGGCAAUUUGCUGAGAAGGCUAACGCCGUUGGACCUUGGAUGGAACGGCAGUUGGACGCAGUGACUGCAAUCGGUAUGGGUCUACAAGGUACCCUUGAAGAUCAACUUCACCGAUUGAAGGAAUAUGAAUCAGCUGUAUACCAAUACAAGGCACAUCUUGAAGAAUUGGAGAAGAUUCACCAAGCUGUACAAGAGGGAAUGAUAUUCGAGAAUCGGUAUACCCAGUACACUAUGGAAACUCUUCGCGUUGGUUGGGAACAGUUGCUAACUUCAAUUAAUCGCAAUAUCAAUGAAGUCGAAAACCAGAUUCUCACUCGAGACUCAAAGGGAAUAACGCAGGAUCAGUUGAACGAAUUCCGUAGUAGUUUCAACCACUUUGAUAAGAACAGGACAGGUCGUCUUGCACCAGAUGAGUUCAAGUCUUGCCUCGUGUCAUUGGGAUAUUCAAUUGGUAAAGACAGGCAGGGAGACAUUGACUUCCAGCGUAUUCUUGCUAUCGUAGAUCCCAACAGCUCAGGAUUUGUACACUUUGAUGCUUUCUUGGACUUUAUGACUCGUGAAUCCACCGAUACUGACACUGCUGAGCAGGUCAUCGAUAGCUUCCGCAUCUUGGCUGGCGAUAAGCCAUAUAUCCUCGCUGACGAGUUGAGGAGAGAAUUGCCUCCUGAUCAGGCUGAAUAUUGCAUCCACCGAAUGCCUCCGUUCAAGGGAGCCAAUGCCAUACCUGGAGCACUGGACUAUCGCUCAUUUUCUACUGCUCUAUACGGAGAGUCUGACCUGUAAAUUAAUACCGUAAAGUAUACAAAAUUGCACCUUUUCCAUACAGGCAUAUUAAUUGUGUAGAACGACAAAGAUCAUUUCGUAACGCAUAACAUCAUCUAGUUAUAACGAAUCUAUUCGAGUCUCUAUAGUAAUAUGAUAGAAAUCCAGUACAAAUUAAAGUCACUUGAAUAAUUUUAAUGCAAGUUUACAAUAGGAAGGUAACAGAUUCACGCAUUUCGCCAUCAGAUUCAUAUUUUUCUACCUGGAAAUAGCUAGCUAUUGUAGGAUUUAAUCGUUUUCUACAAAAUAAAUGUCUGCGAGGAAAAGGUUUCGUAACAAUGGGAUACUUUUUGGAAAUCCCGUCGUAAGUUGAGGAGAUGAAUCAAUACUGGGGUUCUUUGCAAGGGGAGGAGAUAUGAGAAUAUUAGCAUGAAAUCAUCAAUGGAAAAUUCGACAUUAUUUACUUGAAAUUCAGUGAAAGGCAUUCCAUUGACUGUACACAAGAGUCAACAUCUAUGGUCCUUUACAACAAUCUUCCCAUUGGAUGUUAUCUCGCUUCCCCUUACGUUAGACGAUAGCUGAGUUGCUACAUUUCUCUAACAUAAAAAUAGAUGCUAGUGUCACGAGUGUACUUUCCAUGAUCUAUCGAGCAGCUGAAUCAAUUUAAUGAUAAACAAAACUCUGAUAUUAUAGCUCAUUCUGUAAAUAUUUUCGCUCAUUGAAGCUGCGCUAGAAACCUUCUGACAAUUAUCUAUCAACAAUGGAAUAUUUCAUCUUUUGUGUACUCAAGAACUUCAAUUCCGUAGUUUUACAUCUGCUGACAAGCAUUAAUAUACAUAUCACAAACUUUUUUUAUGUUAGAAAAAUAGAGUAGCAAAGCUUACACCUACUUUUCAAAUACUGGGAUGUUUUUCUGCACCUGUGAACGUGUAUCUCGAUGAAAUGGAAUUUGUUUUGAAGAAGUUGAGAUAAACGUUUCAGUAUUAAGAAAAUCUAUGUAAAACUUGGUCAUAAAUGACUCAUAUGCCAAAAAAAGUGAUUUGCCAUGUCCCGCUUGAGGGAGCAUAGAUUUGCUUCAGGACUUUCUUGCAACGAAUUAAUAGACAAAUUGUCACACUGGGUCAUCGUGAUGGCAUUCGAUGCAGCAUUUAAAAAAAAAAAAAAAAAAUACGAAACAACGAAAAAAUCGUCAUUAAAAAUAUGUGUGAUAUUUGGAUGGAAACUGGAGAUAUAUUAUUCAGUUCAAAACAGCACUAAUAAUUUCUUAUGUAAUAUCUUAAAGAAUUAAUUUCAAUUAUACGUACGGAAAGAACUCGACUGUUGACUGUGAAACAACUCUAUGCUUUCUGAAUGCGAUUAAAAUUGUAAAAAUAUUAACUUAUUGAUAAACAAAAUGAAAUUUGAUGAUCUACAGAAAACCAAAUUUUCUCGCCAAGAAACAAGAAAACUGUACGAUCGAAUCAAAAUGAGCCUAUUUUUCUAAAAAAACGAAGUAAUUAAAAAUAAAACGGCGCAGUGAAUUGAAAGUGUCGACCUGUAAAUUUAUAUCCACAAUGAAUUGAAAAAGGAAAGUAAAACGAGAAAGAAGAAGGGAAAACAAAGAAAAAGUAAUCAAAGCGAUACGAUGAAAAAUUAUUUAUUUAUUUGAUUUUUAAUUAUUUAUUUUACCGAUAUUAAUUAUUUUAGUGAACGAAACUCUUUUCAAAGUAUUUAUUUUUAUAAAUAUUUUUGAAACAUUUAUCGGACCUGUGGUCCAUAUAUUAAUCUCUGCAUAGCAGCUGCCAACUAUCAGUCAUCUCAUUGACAUGUUAUUAUCGUACAUAAGGGCAAAAGUCAUUCAUUUGAAUCUACUUAAAAUCAUUAUGUAAUCAUUGAACUGUCAUACUUAUGUUCUCGAGCAUGUCUAUAUUAUUACAAAAAAAGAAAAUAAAACAAGGUAUAUACCUACCUACAGUAAAAGUUUGGUUUGGCUUUAGGCUUAACGCUUAUUCGAAAUCAGUCUUCUACGUGCUUUUACAAUUUUCAAGAAUGAAAACAGAAUUCUGAAACAGUGAAGAGGGGAAAAAAAUAAUUUUAACAGAUUCUUAAAGACUCCGAUUUAUGUAAUUGCAAUUUGUAAUAAGCUGAAUUAAAAUCAUUGAAAAAGCCAACAAAUACAUGGAACACGUAUGUAACACGCACAACCACAUGCCACACAUGUAAUACACAUAACACAAGAUUAUAACAAGAAAUUAAUAUAUUUACAAUACAUUAUUAUAUUAUUAUAUAUACCUAUACAUAUACAUGUAAUUCUUACAUAUAAUUAAAAUUAUAAUUCUAAGAUUAAUUAUCAGACAGAUCGAUCUAUCAUCCCAUAUUGUACAACCAUCCAUCAAAUAUUGAUUUGUUUUUUUUGCCUAUUAUUUUCAUCUCCUACUACUAGUUUAAUUAUGACGAUAACUGUAAAACGACGAAAUUAUGAAAAAAUAAAAAGUCCAAAAAACGAA